AUGAAGACCAUUCUGGGAGGUAGCAAGAAAAAAGGCUCCUCCAGAACCAAGGCCUCGUCUUCAUCAUCGAAGGACGCAAAAGCGAAAGCUCUGAUUGGAAAGACGAUUGAAGUCAAGAAUCGACGGUUCAAAGUCAAGGAGAUCUUGGGAGAAGGUGGCUACUCAAACGUGUACCGGGUCGUGGAGGAGGGCUCCAACAAUGUGUUCGCCCUGAAGCGCAUGCUGGUCAGUGUCGAUGAAAUGGACCUCGUCAAGCGCGAGGUUUCACUCAUGAAAAGCAUACCUCCCCACCGCAAUCUGGUGCAUUUCGAGUGUGCCAACGUGACAACCAGCGCGGAGCAGCGAAAAGGAGAAGACCUUAUGGAGGCCAACAUCAUCAUGGAAUACGCCGAUGUGCGUUUGUUCGAUGUGAUGGAGGCACGCCACACAGAGGGCAAGUACUUCACGGAGGCCGAACUUAUUGCCAUCAUGGUAGACGUGUGCGAAGGCGUGGCGGUUCUUCACCAGCAUCGACCACCCAUUGCGCACAGGGAUAUCAAAGUCGAGAACGUGCUGUUGGGCAACGAUGGAGCCUACAAGCUGUGCGACUUUGGUAGCGCCACAUCGGUGACGCACCACCCCAAGACGGCGGCCGAGCGCGAUGCGGCGGAGGCGGACAUUGAGCGUAACACCACGAUGGUGUACCGAGCGCCGGAGAUGCUGGACCUCUACGCUGCGAAGCCCAUUGACGAAAAGGCCGACAUUUGGGCUCUGGGUUGCAUGCUCUACAAGAUGUGUUUCUUCGAGGACGCGUUCAGCAUAGGCGGACGCUUAGCUAUCCUCCAAGCCAACUUCUCCUUUCCUCUCGCACCCAAAUACUCACCGGAGCUCAACGAAUGCAUCAAAUACAUGCUGGAGUUGAAUGCGGAGGAACGGCCUUCCAUAACGGCCGUCAUCCGGCGGCUACAGAGACUCAAAGCCGGUCUGGGGCAGGAUACGCCGGGAAAGCACCGACGAUCGCGAACGUGGGGCGGGUCACAGGACAACCUCCACAUCGACGAUAUACCGCCCGCGGCUGCCAAUGUACGGAUCUUCCUCGCCUAG